AGAGUAGCUAUUCAUUGUCAUGCAGGACUUGGCAGAACAGGUGUUUUAAUAGCUUGUUACUUGGUUUUUGCCACACGAAUGACAGCAGACCAAGCAAUCCUUUUUGUCAGGGCAAAAAGGCCUAACUCUAUCCAAACCAGAGGACAGCUGUUGUGUGUGCGGGAGUUUUCACAGUUCUUGAUUCCUCUCAGGAAUGUUUUUGCAUCCUGUGAACCCAAAGCACACGCCGUCACUCUUUCCCAGUACCUGAUCCGGCAGCGGCAUUUGCUCCAUGGUUAUGAGAGCAGGAACCUCAAGUACGUGCCAAAGCUUAUUCAUCUGGUUUGCAAAUUGCUCUUGGACUUGGCUGAAAACCGGCACGUGAUAGAGGAACUUGUGGACCUUCCCGACCUGUCCGCUGAGAUUGAAGAGACCGUUUCUCAGCUAGCUUCCACGCAGCUUGAUAAAGAGCUGACAAGGCAAGACAGUAGUGCUUCAGAGCCGUUUUCUCUCUCGGGAGCCAAUCCUCUUCAUCCCAAUGAACAUGAAUGUGAUCCUCUUUGGAAGAGGAGGAACGUUGAUUGCCUUCAGCCUCUGGGUCGUGCAAAAAGACGCCUGAGCUACAGCGACUCAGAUUUGAGAAGAGCGGUGUUUGUCUGUGAGCAAGGAGAGACCCCCUGGUCGGUGCCUGUGCAAGUGCCACUCUGCAGCAAAACAAACCCGCCGAACAAUUGCCAGACUCUCAAGGUUGAUUUAACCCAAGAACUCUUAAUCCGUAGUACAUUUACUUUCUCGUGUCAGGACAGGACGCCUUUAGAUGGAAAAGAAGCUAAUUCUCCAUUUUUCCAUAAAAGCAGGUAUCCCGGAGAAGUGCAGCGUAGCCAAACCUUUUCUUCGGGCCUUUCGAGUGAUCGGAAGGAAGAGGAGGCGGAGGAAGACGAAGAAGAGCUAAAAGCACUAAACUAUAAUUGUGGCAGAAAAGCUAAUAGCUAUGGCUAUGGCAAAAAAAUGUGGUCCUCUGAGGACUCAGACGCUUCAAAAGCAGAGCAUGAGAUCCGCAAUAUUCGGGAUCUCUGUGAAUCGAUCCCCCAUAUCGUUGUGCAGUCAGAACUAACUCUGGAGGCACGAAGAACCUUGGCAGCCAAGGCCCUGGCAGAUGUGAAUGAGUUUAUGGGAUCAGAAGAAAAAGAGAAAAAAGUGGAGAUGUGGCAGAAAGAACUGAAUUCUCAGAAUGGAGCCUGGGAUAGGAUAUGCGGAGAGACAGAUCCUUUUAUCCUCAGUAGUUUGAUGUGGUCCUGGAUAGAGCAACUUAAAGAACCUCUUCUAACCAAAAAUGAUGUAGAUGUGUUAGCAAAAAACAACGUAGACCCUCAAGAAGCACUUAAAUUAUUAGACAAGGGAAAAUAUCACACUAUACUGUGCAUUUUAAACUGCGUGGUGCAAUUGCAGACCAUACCAAUGUACGUGGAGGACCUUCUCCUUGAUCGUGCCAUUAAAGCAUUUACAAAGGUGAGUUCUGAUUCGGAAGGUGGCUUGGACAUUUACAGCAUUCUGAAGAAUAUUUUUAAACAGAUAUUGGAACACCAAAGACAAUACUCCAGAGACCAAACAGAAACCAUCUUUUGAUGUUUACAUGCUAAGCUAGUUUUCUGCAGCUUUCCAAGACUAUCUUUCCUUUACCAUCCAUUGUUAUAUUUUGUAUUCCUUGGUUCAUGUUAACUAAUAACGUUGGUUAUUAAAUAACCACAACUAAUUCUAUCUGGCUGUGUACAUAAGCUAAUAUUUAAUGAGUUGCCAUUUUGUGUCUGUACUGUGGCAUUUUGUAUUUAAUUUAUUGAUUUUAGAAAGUUUAUCAUUAAUAAGCUAUUUUUUUCACACUGAGCUAUUGCCAUAAUUUCAGUGCCAUGAUACGCAAUGGUUUAUUCCGUUAAAUGUUUGCAUAUUAACACUAAGUAUACAAGAUGAUGUUUACGACAAUGGUAUUACAUUUUAUUUUGUGGUGAGUAAACAUUAGCUUCUAUUAAUGACUGUUGUACAAAUGUACAGCUUUUCCUCUGUAAUGCCAAAACAAACAUAUAGGGGGGAAUAGAAACUUGACGUGCAGCACAAAGAUAGGCAAUCAAUUGCUCAUAGAUCCUUUUUAGAAAAUUGAGAAUUUUGACUUUAUAACACCAUAUAAAUUUAUAAUUCUCACAUUUGUCGGGAAAACUGAAAUGUGAGACCUGUAUUAUAGUGUCAUGGAGAUAAAUAAAAAAGUUAUUGUUUUAAAGUC